CAAGUCACCUCGUGUGCACCCAUCUUCUUUAACACCCACCACAAGUUUCCAAGCUUCUUCCAUGGCAGCCUCCGUAGGAACUGGCUCACCUUGUGGUGCAUGCAAGUUUCUCAGAAGAAAAUGCACUCCAGAUUGCAUCUUUGCACCCUACUUCUGCUCCGAACAAGGGCCUGCUCGAUUUGCCUCGAUUCACAAGGUGUUUGGCGCAAGCAAUGUUUCGAAAUUGUUGCACCAUGUGGCAGUUGCUGACCGCUGUGAGGCAGUGGUCAGCAUUGCUUAUGAAGCUCAAGCUAGGAUCAAAGAUCCUGUUUUGGGCUGCGUUGCACAUAUCUUCGCCUUACAACAGCAGGUUGCAUGGUUACAAGCACAGUUGCUGCAAGCCAGAGCUCAAGUGGCACAAAGCUGCCGGGAUUCAAGAAACACUAAAAGUCAAUGGUCUGCAAACAUGGCUGGAGCAAUGUCUUAUCAGGAUUACAUGAAUGCUACAAAUUUCAUGAACUGCAACACAUCACCACAAAGUUCAAUGGACUCAAUCGAUCAUAUCAAUGAAGGAAUGUUGAGGAAGUGAGGAACUGGCAUAGAUUAGAUGUAGCUCGAUCUAGUGAUAAAUAAUAUGUGAUGUUAUGGAGCCAGGAUAUAUGUUAUAAAGUUUAAGUUAGAUAUGAGUUAGCAAGACAUCUUAAUAAGUUUCUUGUAAUUGCCCAUGGUGAUAACCCUAUAUUUUGAAAACAUGAUGCCAGUUUACAUGGGCUCUUGAAUUGAA